AUGGCAAAUACCGCUUUUCUGUUCGUCCCCGGUGCCUGGUGCCCAGGCUUCUACAACCACAAAGUCACGGAUAAGCUUCAAGCUCUCGGCUACCACGCCGUAUACGUGGAUCUACCUUCAUCUGGAAAGAAGGACGAUGCACCGGGUCUCCAAGAAGAUGCAUCCCACGUCCGGACCCAUGCUGCUGCGAUACUGGAUUCCGGGAGCAAUCUCGUUAUUGCAGGCAAUUCCUACGGCGCUUUCGUAGCCCAAGAAGCGUGCGAAGGCCUUACGAAGGCCUCCCGCCCGGAUGGGUCCCAUGUCUGCCACAUCGUUAUCAUCGCCUCAUUUUUCGCUCGAAAAGGCCAGACGAUGAAGGAUCUUGUGGAUGGUCAGGUACCCAUUCCCGAAGAUAAUGAAUGGCUCGAGGCUCCACCUGGGGAUGCGGCCUACAAAGCCUUCUUUAGUAGCUUAUCGGAGGAUGAGGGACUAAAGUAUGGAAAUAUGCUCCGUGAGCAGAGUACUAGGGCGUUGGUCGAACCGUUGACAUUUGCUGCGUGGGAAACCGUGCCGACCACAAUGGUGGUUGCUGGGAAAGAUCUUGCUCUGAAGCCACAAACGCAAUCAGAGAGUUUUGAGGAUGCACAGAAAACAGGCAUCAAGGGGCUGAGGAAGGUGGUCUUAGCCGACGGCGAACACGUCACUAUGUUGUCGAGUCCUGACGACAUCGUCGACGUCUGCGUGGGGAUCGCUGGUGUUGAUGCAGAGUAA